AUGGCUGUAGUAGCGACAAUGACUCAAACUAGCACUUCCCAGCCAAAUCUUUGGAAGCCACGAUAUGCGGCCAAAGCACACCAGGAAAAACCACAGCAACCACAACAGUUCACACGAUCAAGAUCGUUAAGAGAGCCUUUCGAUGCAGCAGAGCUUACUCGUAAAUUGGAAAACUACCGCUCGGAGUUGAAGCUGGAAAAGGCACGACGCGAGUUGGUGAACAAGAAGAUAGAAAUGGCGGCCGCAGCAGCAAAACCAGCCACAGCUCAGAAGGAGGCAUCUCUGGCAGCACCUGAGCAAAAGUCAAGCUCUGGUAUCCAGCGAUCAAAAUCUGUUCAGGUACUCAAGGGCUCCUCGGUCAACGAACAGCCCGAACGAAGAAGAUCAAUCCUCCACCGAAGCCGCAAGCAAGAACCCAAGGAAGAAGUCAACACAGAGCCCGCCAAACCUUUCGUCCCUCGGGUAGCAGCCAGACAAUUCGCCAACACAACAACACGGAUGAAGGAAAAGAACGAAGGAAGAGCAGUGCCAGCAGCAACAAUUACACACAAAGUCACAGAGUCCAAGCCGCAGGAUGUCAAGGUCGAUAAGCACAUCCUUGACUGGAGCGAGCCAGCCAUUCACGGAAAGCCUGCCUCGCCACCUCUUCCAUCCACCGCAGAAGUCCCAGACGUAGAAGUCACCCAAAAACGCAUGCAAGCGCUUCAUGCUUUCCGCGACACGUCCAAGUCUCGCCCAAGACCCCUCAGCACAGCACUGGAGAACAUGCGCGAAUGGGAUGUCCCAAAGACAAACAUCUACUCCAAAGGCCCCAAGCCAAUUCAAGAAGAACCUGUCGCACCCACUCACAUCCAUCCCUCCAACCGACCAGCAUUGAUCUUGUCAGACCGCCACGACUGGAGUCAAGGCAGCCAAUGUGGAGACAGCGCUAGGGCAUCAAUGCAUGUUUUCAGAAAAAAAGACUCUGCGGGUGAAGAGGCUGAAUUGGCUGGAUUGAAAGCGGGUAUGCGACCUAGCAAGCCGAGACAAAAGUCUCAUGGUGAUGCUUCUGAUCGUAUGGUUGGUGACGCUGUCAAAUUGAUCAGAGAUGAGCGCAGAAGAAGCAUUCUGAACAUUUUCAAAAGGCAUUGA